AUGAAGAUGAUCCUGGUGCGCAGGUUUCGUGUGCUCAUCCUGGUGGUGUUCCUACUGGCUUGCGCUUUGCACAUUGCUGUUGACCUGCUACCCAAGCUGGACCGGCGCGCCGCGCGAUCCUCCGGGGAGCCUGGCUGCUCCUGCGCUCAGCCAGCGGCAGAGGCAGCUGGCCCAGGCUGGGCCCAGGCGAGGAGCCGCCCGGGGGAGUCCGCCGGUGGCGACGCAGGCUGGCCCAACAAACAUACACUGCGCAUCCUGCAAGACUUCAGCUCAGAUCCAGCCUCUAACCUAACCUCCCACUCCUUGGAGAAGCUGCCUCCUGCCGCGGAGCCGGUUGAUCACGCUCCACGGGGUCCGGAGCCCGGCUCCCCGCCACCCCGUGACCCUGCGCACCGGCCGCUGCUUCGAGACCCUGGACCCCGGCCACGGGUGCCGCCCCCUGGCCCCAGCGGGGACGGAUCGCUCUUGGCCAAGUUGUUUGAGCACCCACUCUACCAGGGGGCUGUACCUCCUCUGACAGAGGACGACGUCCUGUUUAAUGUGAACAGCGACAUCAGGUUUAACCCCAAGGCAGCGGCAGAAAAUCCUGACUGGCCACAUGAAGGUGCUGAAGGAGCAGAAUUCUUGCCCACCGGCGAGGCAGCCGUGGAGUUCUAUCCUAACUGGCUCAAAUUCCACAUCGGCAUCAACCGGUAUGAGCUGUACUCCAGACACAACCCGGCCAUUGAUGCCUUAUUGCAGGACCUCGGCUCUCAGAAGAUCACGAGCGUCGCCAUGAAGUCAGGGGGCACACAGCUGAAGCUCAUCAUGACCUUCCAGAAUUAUGGGCAGGCGCUAUUCAAACCCAUGAAGCAGACGAGGGAGCAGGAGACGCCACCUGACUUCUUUUACUUCUCUGACUACGAGAGGCACAAUGCAGAGAUCGCUGCCUUCCACCUCGACAGGAUCCUAGACUUCCGCCGAGUCCCUCCGGUGGCUGGCAGGAUGAUCAACAUGACCAAGGAGAUCCGGGAUGUCACACGGGAUAAGAAGCUUUGGAGAACCUUCUUUGUGUCUCCAGCCAAUAACAUCUGCUUCUAUGGGGAGUGUUCAUACUACUGUUCCACGGAGCAUGCCCUGUGCGGGAAGCCCGACCAGAUUGAAGGCUCCCUGGCGGCCUUCCUGCCUGACCUAUCGCUGGCCAAGAGGAAGACGUGGCGGAACCCCUGGCGUCGCUCCUACCACAAGCGAAAGAAGGCAGAGUGGGAAGUGGACCCCGAUUACUGUGAGGAGGUGAAGCAGACGCCACCCUACGACAGCGGCCACCGAAUCCUGGACAUCAUGGACAUGACUGUCUUCGAUUUCCUCAUGGGGAACAUGGACCGACAUCACUACGAGACCUUUGAGAAGUUCGGGAAUGAGACCUUCAUCAUACACUUGGACAAUGGGCGCGGGUUUGGGAAAUAUUCACACGAUGAGCUUUCCAUUCUAGCACCUCUUCAUCAGUGCUGCAGGAUCCGGAGGUCCACCUACCUGAGGCUGCAGCUGCUGGCCAAGGAGGAGCACAAACUGAGCCUGCUGAUGGCCGAGUCCCUACAGCAUGACAAGGUGGCUCCGGUGCUCUACCAGCUGCACCUGGAGGCCCUGGACCGUCGGUUGCGCAUAGUUCUGCAGGCCGUACGAGACUGCGUGGAGAAGGACGGGCUGAGCAGUGUGGUGGAAGACGACCUCGCCACUGAGCACAGAGCCUCCACCGAGAGGUAGUGACCCGCGCCGCCCGCGAGGAAGGAGGAGCGCAGAGCCGAGCCACCUGUGAAUUCAGUGAAUUCGGAUGGGCUGGGUCAUCCCCAUAGCGUGACCUGCGGCAGGGAGCCUGAGGUCUCCAUCACGGCUCUGAUAGGGAUGUGUGGGCCUCUGGGUCCAGCAGAGACCGGACAAAGCACUCUGGACAUGCAGCAGAGGGACCUUUACUUACUAUUUUGUACUUCACAAAAGGCUCACACUCCUGUCCAUGGAGAGCCACCCAGCGGACCAGAGAUCACCGCUGGGCCACUUGGAGGACCUUCUGUGAUGUGACCACACUCUAGCUCUCAAUUACAAUGCACUGUCUGCUUCCCCUUCCUGGGUCCUCUUCCCUCCGAGGCUGCAGAGCCCCAGGGAGGGGAAGCUCGGCUGGACAUCGUGGCCUGUGUGGGGGUAGAUGGGCACCCAAGAACGGAUUUUUGGAUACAGACGACCAGCCAUCCACUUGUCCACUGCCGCACAGUAGCCAGGCCUUUCUGGUUGGAGGUGGACACUGCCGGCCUUGGCUGAGCUCUGGACAAUGGGUGUUAAGGCACCAUGCAGGGCCCGUGGCCCCAGAGCAGCAGGCUCACCUUGGGACAUUUUUGUGGAGUAGUUUGCAGUGAGGUAACAGUGCAAUAAAGAUACAGCAAGCGUGUGCCGAG